UACAGUCUAGGGCUUGCUGCUGAAAAGCCCGCUGGAUCCUCCACUGACCUGCUGUUCUUUCCUGCUUUCCUCUCGUGUUUUUUCCACAUUUAGAUUAAAAACAAAGCUCUCACUCUCUCUCUCUCUCUCUCUCUCUCUCUCUCCCUUCUCCCCUCCCUCCUCCUUCUUCUUCUUCUUCUUCUUCUCCUUCUUUUCUGCGGCAGCAGUCAACGUAGAGGCUUCAGUGUGUCAUAGAGAGGGUGAAAGAGGAGGAAAAAGCAGAGAAGAAGACUAUUUGGACGGAGCAGAGUGUGUGUUUAUGUUUGUAUGUUUCGCCAUUGGACGGCCGGGUGAAGGGGCACGGGGAGAAGAGUGGGAGGAGGAGGAGAAGAAGAAGAGGGGAGCCUGACUGGAUGAAAUUCUGUGUCAUGUCACUACGUGUGGACCUUGACUGAUCACAGGGUGAGGAAACGGGAGAGAGACACUGAGAGGAAGACAAGGAGGACAGAGAGAGAGAGGAGGAGAAACUGAGACUUUGGUUUCACUGGGAAAAGAAGGAGGAGGAGGAGGAGGUGGAGGUAAAGUCUGGUGCUCCGUUUUAUCAUGACAUUGUUGGAUAAACGAACCAGCGGAUUGAGCGCUCCUCAGUUGUGUGUCAACAGGAAUUUACCAUAGAAGACAGAGAGAGAGAGAGCUGGGAAGAAAAGAAGAGGAGAGACACUCUGGAGGAGUAAAGACUACUGUGUUCAGCCCAGCUAAGGAGCAGAGACUGGACUUACUGAGUGUGUGAGAGUGUGUGUGUUUAGGGGAUUUGAGUGUGUGUGUGUGUGGCUGUGUAACCGGUGGAGGGCAGAGGAGUGGAGGGCCAGGGGACUAACCUGGCCAUCAAACGGACUGGCAGCCUCUCCUCUCCUGGGAUCAUGUACCCUCAGGGCAGGCAUCCGGUCCCCUUACAGCCUGGCCAGUCUUUCAAGUUCACAGUCCUGGAAACUCUGGACCGUAUCAAGGAGGAAUUCCAGUUCCUCCAGGCUCAGUAUCACAGCCUGAAGCUGGAGUGUGAGAAGCUGGCCAGUGAGAAGACUGAGAUGCAGAGGCACUACAUCAUGUAUUAUGAAAUGUCCUACGGUCUCAACAUUGAGAUGCACAAGCAGGCGGAGAUUGUCAAGCGUCUCAGUGCCAUCUGUGCUCAGAUCAUCCCUUUCCUCUCUCAAGAGCACCAGCAGCAAGUGGUCCAAGCAGUGGAGAGAGCCAAGCAGGUCACCAUGGCAGAACUCAAUGCCAUUAUUGGGCAGCAGCAGCUCCAGCACCUAUCUCACCAUGCCCCUGGCAUCCCCCUGACGCCACACCCAUCAGGCCUGUCCCUGGGCGCUGGGGGCUCUGGGCUUCUAGCGCUGACCGGGGCCCUGGGGGUCUCGGCCCACCUUGCGUCCAAAGAUGAACGCAACCACCUUGACCCUGAACAUCUUCGAGAGGGAGCACCCAGCAGGAGUAAGUCAGUGUCAUCGACAGACAGUCAGCCCGCCGAGGAGCGCCAGGGCCCAUCAGGAGGCUAUUCCUCCUCGCAGGGAGGAGCUGAGGCCAAGAGGAGGCGCUGUGACGACAAAGAGCCUCUCCCACCACACUCCUAUGACAGUGAUGGAGACAAGAGUGAAGACAAUCUUGUGGUGGAUGUUUCCAAUGAGGAGCCUAACUCUCCUGCAGGCAGCCCUCCUCACUCCCCCCAUGGGAACGGGUUAGACCGGGCUCCUACCUUAAGGAAAGAGCUCCCGGGCUCCUCAAGCGCAGGGGAGGCCCCCUCCACCCCAAAUCCCCGCAGCCCCACCCCAGGCAAGGCCAAGGACCCUGCACAGAUGGAUAAGUCCCAGUCUCCGUUGUCUAAAUCUGGCACCCCAUCCCCGUCCCACCGUGAGGCCCUUACCCCUGGAGCACCAGGAGCCCCAGGAGCUUCUGGUCCAAGCACCUCCUGCCUUCGUCUGGUCAGCAAAGCAGCAACCAGUGCAGACCCACUUGCUCUCCGCAGUCCCAUGUCUGUGCCCCCUGGUUCAUACCCGGCUCAUUUUGGCGUGGUGUCCCACGCAGGACUGAAUGGGGAGCUGGCCAGCCCAGGAGGUUUUGGUGGGGCCCUGACUCUCUCCCCACAAAUCAGUGCAGCAGCCAGCGCCUACUCCCGAAGCCCCAUGGUGGCUUAUGACUCUCGAUCUCACCUGAGAGCGCCUGGGCUGUCCUCCUCUCUGCCUGGUUCCUCUGGUGGAAAGCCUGCCUACUCGUUCCAUGUGAGCGCAGAUGGACAGAUGCAGCCGGUGCCCUUUCCCCCAGACGCCCUGCUGGGCCCGGGAAUCCCUCGCCACGCCCGUCAGAUCCACACCCUGAACCACGGAGAGGUGGUGUGCGCCGUCACCAUCAGCACCUCGACGCGCCACGUCUACACCGGAGGCAAGGGCUGUGUCAAGGUGUGGGACAUCAGCCAGCCAGGCAGCAAGAGCCCCAUGGCCCAGCUGGACUGUCUGAACAGGGAUAACUACAUCCGUUCCUGUAAAAUCCUCCCUGACGGGCGAACCCUGAUCGUCGGCGGAGAGGCCAGCACGCUGUCAAUCUGGGACUUGGCCACGCCCACUCCACGCAUCAAGGCGGAGUUGACGUCAUCCGCCCCCGCCUGCUACGCCCUGGCCAUCUCCCCCGACAACAAGGUCUGCUUCUCCUGCUGCAGUGACGGCAACAUCGUCGUCUGGGACCUUCACAACCAGACGCUGGUCAGGCAGUUCCAGGGCCACACAGAUGGAGCGAGCUGCAUCGACAUCUCCAACGACGGCACCAAGCUCUGGACGGGUGGGCUGGACAACACCGUCCGCUGCUGGGACCUCCGGGAGGGACGGCAGCUCCAGCAGCAUGACUUCACCUCGCAGAUCUUCUCUCUGGGCUACUGUCCGACAGGCGAGUGGCUGGCUGUGGGAAUGGAGAGCAGUAACGUGGAAGUCCUGCACGUCUCCAAACCUGACAAGUACCAGCUGCACCUCCACGAGAGCUGUGUUCUCUCCCUCAAGUUCGCCUACUGCGGCAAGUGGUUCGUGAGCACAGGAAAAGACAAUCUGUUGAAUGCAUGGAGGACACCAUAUGGAGCUAGUAUUUUCCAGUCCAAGGAGUCCUCAUCUGUGCUGAGCUGUGACGUUUCCCCGGACGACAAGUACAUAGUGACGGGCUCUGGGGACAAGAAGGCCACGGUGUAUGAGGUGGUGUACUGAGGGCUGGGAUGAGAUGGCACGGGACAGGACGGAGACUUUGUUUUGUUUUGUUUUUUUGUUGAGGUGGGUAGAGGAGGCGCACCCAGUAGCCCUGCCAGCCGCUCACAAUCCUUAUUACAUCAUCAGCAACAGCAGCAGCACCUCCGUCUCAGUCCUCUUAAGUCCUCCUGACCCUCACCCCUGAAUACAUCACCCCCCCACCCCUCUUUUUUUGUUGAGAUAUAAGCUACUGUGGAAGCUCCCAAAUGCCUCCUCCCUUUCACCCCCCCCCCCCCCCCGCCUUCCACUCUUAGCCCCAAGGAUGAGGCAUGAUAGCAUAGAGAGUGAGGCAGAAAAGAAACAGCAAGAUAAGAAGGACAAAGGAAAAGGGCGGUGGAGCAUAAAGAUAAAGUCGCGAGGAGAAAGAGGUUAAAGACGAGAAGGAGGAGAGAAGGCGAGAGUGCGGAAGCAAGAGAAAUGAAAGGGAGGAAGAAGAGGAAGAGGAGGAGAAAGAUGAGGAGGAGGAGGCAGGGUAAUUAGGGCUGUUUCCUGAUUAAGAGCUCAGUGGAAGGGAGGCCCCCAGAGGAGGCGCGGAGCGGCACUGUGGGAGCGCCAGCCAGGAGCACUGAUACCACACAAUCGAUUCAUUAGCCAGACAGUGGAAGCCUUAAUGAGGCUGACGCCGCAGCUCGCUCUCCCCAGCGAGAGGUGUCAGGAGCUGGGGAACGAUGACGCUCUGAGAUGGAGGGGGCCGCUUCAGAUAUCCACAUACACUGACAUGAAACAUAGACCUGCUCACACACACACAAACACACACACACACACACACACACACACACACACAAGGUGCACGUCAUCCAGCAAGAAUACACACACACACUCACACUUGGAUACACCCCCUUGAGGUAAUCGUAGGAAAAGAGAAACACACACAACACACAGAGCACCCAAUUAAACAUUCAUCGCUGCACUCCCCGUCUCACUGCUUAAUAUCUAUUUUAUUUUGGUCUGACAAAGGCAGCGUCUAAUGAGCAGCCGAGUCAAUGGGAUUCUCUCAGGGCCCAGAGACACAAACAGAGAACAUCAGCCGAGCUGUUCACUCUAAUUCCUCUGGAUUGUUCUCCUGACACCGGGCGCUGCACUCACUCUCAUUAAAGGCACUGUCAGCUAGAUGAAGUAGCAGCACAGCAACUUCACUGUAAGGCAGACAGAGGCAAAUUAACACCAUCCGAUUACGCCAUCAUCAGCAGCCCAACUAAGCAGCGACUAAUCCGAUUCCUUUCAAAAUUUAUGCAACUAGUUGCUGUUUUAAUUUACAAACCAGAUGAGAUUACAUGUUUAUGGGAGUCAUUAUCUCCAUCUCUGCCUGCCUGCUGAUGUGCUAGUGUUCAAAGUGCUCUGGCUAAAUCUUGUUUGAUAAGCUAUUGAUUGCUAUUAAUUGAGAUGCUAAACACCUUAAAGAAAAAGUUCAGUGUUUUGUAAAAUAUGCUCAUUCACUUUCUUGCUGAGAUUUAGACGAGAAGAUUGAUACCACACUCAUGCAUAUAUGCUAAGUAUGAAACCACUGCCUGCUAGCUUAGCUUAGCAUAUGGACUGGGAGGCAGUGAGCCUAGUGCUAACUGAAUGUAACAAAUUCCACCUACCAGCACUUCUAGGCUCACUAAGUAACAUCUUGUUUGUCUGUAAAUGCUAAAGUGUUAGCAUUUAGCGUCUAGCAUUUAGUCGUUGCCUGGCAACUACAGGAGAUUCCAGUUAAUGGCCCUUUAAUUCCCAUAAAACUGUGAUUUUUACACUUUGCUUUGUGGGGAUUCACAAAUUAAAUAUAAUGUGUUAAUCAGUAAGCUAAAGAGGUGCUAAUAGGUAUUUUGGAAACAGGAUUUUGUUUACCUUCACAGAUAACCCAGAGAGCUGUUUAAAAAUCUGUGUUCUAAACUAAGCUAGCUAACUGAUGGCUAGCUUCAUGCUUAGUGUACACAUAUGAGAGUGGUAUCAGUUUUCCCAUCUCUCAGCAAGAAAGCAAAUGAGCAUAUUUCCCAAAAUGUCAAACUUUUUUCUCUAAACCUGAUUCUUGAUUUUCAAUCCUCCUUGUAUCAUACGCCAAACUGGCAGGCAAACUGUAUAUCAGAGCUCUCUGCUUCUGUAGAACAUGCGUCACAAAGUGUGUAGACUAAAAAAGGCACAUUUCAAGCUUUUCUUUUAUUACUCAUUCAUUUCAGUAUUUUUUAUGAAUAGUAAUUGCUCGUUUUAUGUGAUGAUAUGUUUACGUAUUGGGGUUGCCUAUGACUGCGUUUCGGGGAAGCAAACAGAGAGGGAUGCACUCGUACAUGGAGACAAACAAAAGAAAAUUUUCUUUUUUUUUUUUUUAAUUAGUGUGUUUUUAUCCUUGGUGAUGGUGACAGGCAGAGGGCAUUCAACAUCAGCAAACCCAUGUGAAGAAAAAAGAAAAUAAGACCCUCCCUUUGGGAGAAAAGUUCUUCUGUCUACUGUUUGUUGUUUUUGUUUUAUUCCCCUUUUUCAAAAGUGGUAGUAAAUGUACUUUAGUCUGUUUUCAGUCCUUAUUGUGUAAUUAUACUACGUUUCUGUUGAGUCUGUGGUCAGUGUACAGCAGGCAUCGGCUGUGACGUGAUGAUACAGAUUUAGCCAUCAAAGAGGUCCCACUUUUUACUGCAUGCUUGUUGCACUAAAACUUCACUUCUGCUGAUAGAACGAGAUAAAUCAGAUUUUAUUCGGUAGAUACAAGGAAUUGUCUCUCAUCCACAGUUUUACAGGGGGAUGAAUCUUACAUUACAGUAUGCAAUUUAGUUCAGCUGUAAAAAGUUUUAGCAAGAUGUGUCAUGUUUCUCACUGCAGUGCUAAAGCAGGAUAGAAGAAUUAUGAGGGACUUCUACAAUGGCUACUGUACCAGUGAGGAGUCAGAGAUCAUCUGUACAGUUUAAUGCCUUUGCCUGCCUCUUUUCCCUUCUCUGCCUGUCAGCCACAGGCAGACCUAAAUGAUAUUCUCAUACACAAGCUUGUAUACUACUCAGAAUGAUGCUGUAUAAUGGCUAUGCAUUUGGUGGUAUAGCGUGAAUAUUUGGGACAUUGUAUUUGAUACUCUUCUUUAACUGUCAGUAACGUCUCUCUCCCCUGCCUGUGCUUUCUCUGUUCCAACAAUAUAAAAGCAUUUUUUUUCUUAUGUCGUUUUUUCUGUUCUGUUUCUAAAGCUCAUGUUUAGUUUCUCUUUUAAAAAGCCAAGGAACUUUUUUUUAAUGCACUGUGUCUUCCCUCCUGAUGCAUUUCCCAUGUGCUGUAUAAGAAAUACUAUGUGUGAAAAAUAAACCAAACUUGUGUUCAUCCUUU